AAAAACAAAAAAACACAGAGAUGCUUCCCACUCUGUUUCUAGUUCCCCAAUCCCACUACUCUCUUUUUUUCUGUAACACCCUUUAACUUUCCCGCUCUCUCUCUAUCUCAUGCUUGUGCUUUUUAUGUAUGUUCGUUCUUCUUCAACCUCUCUGAAUUUCUUAUUCCUUUUUAUUCUUUUAUUCAAAAUUCAUCUGAAAUUUACCGUGAAAACUUCGAAACCACCAUUUUCUUACCAGAUUUUGAAGAAAAUGAACAAUAGAUUCCGACAGCCUCCACACCCCAAAAAAGUUGCUUUGAAUCCUCAAAAGGAGAAGAAGAUGGAAAUACAGCAAAACAAAUUCUUGUCUGUAGAGAAGCCCAGAGUUAAUCGGCGUCAAGCAGCUAAAGAGAGAAAAUUAGCCUUACUACAAGAUGUUGAUAAGCUAAAGAAGAAGUUGAGGCAUGAAGAAAAUAUUCACAGAGCACUGGAAAGAGCUUUUUAUAGACCUUUAGGAACUCUACCUCGCCUUCCUCCUUAUCUUCCCAAAUAUACAUUAGAGCUUCUUGCUGAAGUAGCUGUUUUGGAAGAAGAGGUGGUCCGGCUUGAGGAACAGGUUGUUAAUUAUAGACAAGGUCUCUAUCAAGAAGCAGUUUCCAUAUGCUCAAGGCGAAUUACGGAUGAUAAUCAUUUGUCUGAUCCAUGCCCUCAGUUACAUGGUAAAGUUUCUAAGCAAAGACAUUCAAGAUCAUUUUCCAUGAGUGAAGUCAAUCUCGGAUCAUCCGUGCCACACUCAUCUCUUUGUCUAGAUAGGAGUGCUUCAAGUAGAAAGUUGUUUCUAAAAGAAUCAGUGUUUGGUAGCUCCAGAAUUAGCUAUGAUGUAAUAUCAAAUAGCAGACAAGCUGUUAUGAAGAGUUGCAAUGACUCAUUGAUAGAUGGCCUACGAAAAGAGAAUCACUCGGCUGAAAGUUGUACUAAGGAUAAGCCAUCUCCACAGAAGCAAGUGAUAAAGACUUCGUUAGUAAGGCCUCCAGUUAAGCCUGAAUCAAUCAGCAAAAUAGCAGAUGUUAGGGUCCAGUGCAGGGUUGCAGAACAGGCACAAGAGAGCUAUUUAGCUUCUUUAGAUGAACGAGAAUCGGAAGCUGAAAGCACAGAAAACAAAAUCUCUGAAGACAUUUUGAAGUGCUUGUCUAGCAUCUUAUUAAGGUUGAGCACAUCUAAAGGGAAGAUAACAAAUCCAGAAUCUUUUCGCUCUUUAGGAGCAAAAGUGUUAAAUGAAAGCAAUGGGGAAAGGGAGUUGCAAGAUCCGUAUUGCAUUUGCUCGGAACUAAGGAAGCAAGAUAUUGGCGAAUACAGAUAUAUACUGAACAUUGAUGCUAACUCUGUUAAUCUAAACCGGAAAAUGAAUGCUUCGUUUCUGAUACACAGACUUAAGAUUCUCCUUGACAAGCUAUCAUCUGUGAAAUUAGAGGGUUUGACUCAUCAUCAGAAGCUAGCAUUCUGGAUAAACACAUACAAUUCCUGCGUGAUGAAUGCAUUUAUAGAGCAUGGUAUCCCGGAGACUGCUGAGCAGAUUGUAUCACUAAUGCAGAAGGCAACAAUUAAUGUGGGAGGGCAUUUUCUAAAUGCAAUCAUGAUUGAGCACUUUAUCUUGAGGCUACCGUACCACCUAAAAUAUACCUGUUCAAAGUCAGCAAAAGACAAUGAGCUGAAAGUUCGGAGCGUUUUUGGCUUGGAGUGGUCUGAACCUCUUGUCACAUUUGCACUCUCCUGUGGAAGUUGGUCCUCCCCUGCAGUGAGGGUUUACACUGCAUCUCAAGUUGAGACUCAGUUGGAAACAGCAAAAAGAGAUUACUUACAAGCAGCAGUUGGUAUUUCAGCAACAAAUAAGCUCAUUAUUCCCAAGUUGUUGGAUUGGUAUCUUCUUGAUUUUGCAAAGGACUUGGAUGCAUUACUAGAUUGGGUGUGCCUCCAGCUACCAGAUGAACUUAGAAAUCAAACUAUGAAAUGCCUCGAGAGACGGGGAAGAGAACCCCUUUCACAAUUAGUUCAAGCAAUGCCUUACAAUUUCAGCUUCAGGUACCUCAUACACCAAUAAGAUAUUCUCAUGUGUCUCAGCUUCCACAAGUUCCAGAGUACUUGCUCAGAAGACGGAAUAACAUUUCAGAGGGAAGUGUUAAUGGAACAAAGUAUAGGAUUGUAGCAAAUUUAGUUUAUGAAAUUCUUUGUAUCCCUUAGACACCUAGAGUUCAUAAACUCGACGAGAUCGUUAUCUCUAGAGUAAGCAAAAAUGUUGCUUGCUGAAACACAAGAUUUGGAAUCAGAGUAUAUGUGAUAUGAUUACUUUGUAGAUUGAAUUCUGUAGCCAAGGUUGUGUUUCAUUCGA